UGCCAUGGUCAUUAAAAUAACUUUAAGUUAACUGUAAUCAAUAAACAUAGGGUUUAGAAAUGGCAGAAGGACAGGAAUCGAAUAAACCGCCAGUUAUUAAAGUUACUGUAAAUUAUAAGGAAGGUGGAACGAAGUUUGCUGGAGACAACGUCAGGCAGAAGACGAACGUACAAGCUGCCGAGAUUGAUCAAGUGGCCUUGCCAACUACACCCAGUACAACAGAAAACUCGAAACGAAGUACGCUGGAAUGUGAUUCGAUCCCAGGAAGAGUUUUGGCAGAAUCGGAAGAAGCGAAAGUCGAAAGAUGUAAUCAAGAUAACAAACCUACAUUGCCAUCUUCGUUUGCUGACCCCGCCAAGUCAAUUCCGGGUCUGAGUUUGAGCGAAGGAAUGAAAGAAUUCAUUGCAAUAGAGAACUCUCGUCAUUUCAUUCAAAACUCCAAGUUCGUCGAAGCUUUGGAUCUGAUUGAAGAUCUUCCAUCGUCGCCAUGGCAACAAUUGAUGAUGUCAGAAUGCUACUUUCAACUUGGAAGAGAACGAAACAUAUUGAGGUGCGUUGAUGCAUUACAAACAAUGGUGACGUCACCACCACGGCCUGAUGUUGAUGACGUAAUCAAAUUGGUUGACAAUUGCAUUGACAAUGCCUCUUAUAUUCGUGCAUUGGUUUUGCUGUCGUGCUGUGCCAAGUUGUAUAAGUUCGAAUCGAAUCCGAAUAUUUCUAUUACUGGGCUAAAGGAUUGUUCUUUCAAAUGUGGCAUCGUGAUUGAAUCUUUGGCGGAAGAAAGAGGAAGAAUGAAAAUACUUGCAAAAGAUAUUGUGUUGGAAAUGAUCAUUGAUAUGUUGAAAGAUUUGAGAUCAGUAUCAGGAGCUGAUAUAGAUGAAAAGACUGAUAUGGAAGCAAGAUGUUUGAAUAAUGUUGGUUUAAGUUGCUACGAUGUUGGUGAAUAUAAGAAAGCUAUUGGAUAUUAUGAAGAAGGCGUAGACUUGAUGGAACAAACAUUUAGUUCGAACGCUUUGAAAUAUAAAGUCUUUGGAGAUCUUCUAAACAACAUUGGUAAUGCACAUCAUAAUCUCGGUAACUUUUACAAGGCUGAAUCGUUUUAUUUGAAAUCUCUUGAAGCAAAGGAGAAUGCUAAAGACUGUUCCUGUAAUAAAGUGAAACAAGAAAGCAUAGAACUUACAAAGAACAAUUUGAAAAUUACUCAGAACCAAAUGAAAAUGUAAUACAUUGGUUUUGAUAGAGAGGAAGCUCGGUUAUAAAAUUAAACCAACUAUUUCAGGUUCGUUCGUGGUUUAAGUGAGGUAUAAUCCAUAUUCCCGAAAAUCUUGACACUUGGAUGACAUCCCGGAAGUCCCUUUAGAAAUGACAAUUUUAGGUGAUCUAUAGAAUGAAAAUUGCUAUAAUCUUUUGUAAGAGCAAGCGCAUGUUCCGUGUUUGUUUGCGAUAUUAGAGUAAUUUCAUAAUAUUUCACCUGAUUGUUUCCCCGCAUGUUCAAGGUAGAAUUUUACAAACCCAAGUUACGGAACAUCCGAGUCUUAAGUCAAUGGCUGAGUUAAUUAACUUAAGUAUCGCUGGGAGUUAUUUAUUGACCAGUUCAAGUCAUUAUAUUAUAUCAGCAGGUAGCAACCUGCUGCCCGCGGGCUAAAUACGUCUCACAAAAAAGGAAUUGUGCGGCUCGCGGUAAAAUGCCAUUUUUGAAUGGAGUGAAACGGCAAAAAGAGUUUUUAAUUUAGUUUAAUAUGGUAAGUGUUAAUAACUCCAAUCCCGUUGCGUUGCGAAGCCCAUGCUUAAGCUCAUUGAAUCUUCAUGUUUUGAUUAUUCUAAUGUAUCAAAGGGCUGUUUUAUGAGAUUGUAUGAACCUAUAUAUUUAGCUUGUAGUGAUUUUAUUACUUUACGAAAACAGCGCAAAACCUCAACAACCACAAAAUCUUAUAGUAGCGACCAAUCUAAAUGAAACCCAAUCUAUAAUUAAUCGUGUAUGGGCCAUUCGUACCGAUUUGAUGGUACUCCCGAAGUAUGUGAACCAAGAUGGCGGACACCGUAACAUAGUAUGUGUACCAAGUUAGGGUUAGGCCAUGAUUUCAGGUACAAAUACUACGGGAGUCACUUGGCUAGUCCCCGAACUCGUAAUAGAACUAAAAUAAAGAAAGUUGGAAUAAAAUUAUGGCAUAACCUUAACCUGGUACACAUACUACGUUCAAGCGUCCGCCAUCUUGGUUCACAUACUUCAGGAAUACCGAUUUGAUUCAGAUGAGCGUCGCGUCCUCUAUUUCUAUUUUAACUUCUUAAUAAAUUUUGUCUAAGUUUCUGUAAUAAAUUUUAUGAUAUGUUUUUAGUUGAACUUAUGUAACCACUUUUGGUCUGGGCCGCAUUGAUAGUACUUAUUAUAUAUUUAAAUCGAUGGAGGCAAUGUCCAUGAAGUCUUGAAAAAAUUUAAAAUUGCAAAGGAAAGGGCCACGUCUCACAUUCGAUUACUGAAAAUGAGGUGAUCCCAAUGAUUCGUACCAAAAUUGCGCACGACCUGAACAUAGUAUGUGUAUUGGGUUGGGGUUCAGGUAGAGCGUCAUCUUGGUACGAAUACUUCCGGAACGUCGAAAAUGCAGCCAUUGCUAACUUUGUGAGGCAUAGAAUUUUUUUUUUUAUUUGUUGAUUUUUUAGGUUGUCCCGUGGUAUGUGUACCAGGCUAGGGUUAGGACAUGAUUUUAUUCCGAUUUUUCUUAUUUUAGUUCUAUUACGAGUUCGGGUUCUGUCUGUGUUAGCCUAGUGAAUAUACCGCCUGUCCAUAGGUUACAUUAACUUCACACAACUUAUGUAAAAUAUGCAAACAAAAUUAGUUACCUCCAUAUUGGUACACAUACUUCUGGAGCGCCAUUUUUUGCUUAGAUGCCUAUUAAAAUUUGUUCAGUUCGUCAAAUAUUUCAGUGUUGAAUGUUUGGUCUGUAAGAUAUUAGUUGACUUUGCACUUUUGGAGUGGAAAGUUAUAGAAUAUAGGAGAUGGUCAUCUAGUACCAAGCGGUAUUUCUACUUCGAUUUUCGAUGUAAAUUUUUUAUUGCAAUCUUUCCAUUUACAGUAUAUAACUUAUAGUGUUGAUGG